CACCAUAUAAGAAAAACACACCCGCGAAUUCGUUUUACCUCAGUUUUUUCUUCUUUGUGUGUGUUCCAACCCCCCUGAAAGAACCAAUGAAAAUCCAAAACACAACCUUUUCUCCCUUCCUUUGAUGAACAGCAUCCGAGAACAUCAACGAGAAUAGCGAGAUGGCCAAUAAGAGAGAACCAAGCUUGAGCCACCAAUGGCUGGUCGACCCGACUCCUCUGCCUGCCGAUAUUCCGGAGGUUGAGGAGAUCGGGGCCACGUCUGCUCCUCUGAAGUCAGCUGCCUUCUUCAUUGGCGACCGUUGUGGUGCUUAUAACGAUGACUUCAUGCUCUGCAAGGAGCAGAGCAAGUCUGGCGAGGUUGAGUGUUUGAAGGAAGGUAGACGUGUGACGCGUUGUGCCAGCAGCGUCAUCGCAGACCUGAACAAGAACUGUGCUGAGUCGUUCCGUCUUCAUUGGCAGUGCCUGGACAACAACAACCACGAGCUGUUCAAGUGUAGAAAAGCGGAGACUCUGCUGAACAGCUGUGUGUUCAAGAGCCUGGGGCUGGAGAAGAAGAUCCCUAACGGCGAGCAGAUCCACCUGAAGGAGAAGCCACUCUAUAGACCAAACAUUGAAGACCGUCCUUCUUUGAAAGCGUACGAACUGGCAAAGAAGGAGGGCACUUUGUGAAUGUGUGUUUACUGUCCUCCUGUCUUUUGAGUUCAAACUUCACCAUAUUUAUUGAAUAUUUAUUUAUAUAACCUACAUAUCAACGUUAUUUAUUUCCAUUCCUGGCUGGAGG